AAAAACAUUGGUGGUACAACCCGUAGUGGCGUAGUCAGGCUUCAGGGUGUUCGGUUAUGGUCUGUCCGCAUUAGUUUGGUACUGCUCAAGUAUAUCUAUAUGAACCAUUAGCGAAACAUGGAAUCAUUUUCUGCAGAAGAUCGACUCAAUGAAAUAUGGAAAGAAGGCAGAGAACUUGGACUAACAGAUUCCGAGAUCUGUCACUUGCUAACGACAUCUGUACAGAUCAAACAGCAAAAUGAGUCCUUACAACUGCAAACUUUGUCUGAUGACCAGGUGUCGUAUGUGUCUGUGAUAAUAAAAUCAGCGAAAGUCUUAACAAAAGUGAUUUUUAUUAGUGUUAUAUUUCUUGCAAUAUUUGGCGCCCUUUUAUCAACGCAUAAUCCCACAAGAAAAUUUGUGACGCGCCAUAUUCAGGAUUUUAUCUAUCCAGUUAUGACAGGGCUAAGACAAUUGAGUCUACCUAUUCUCAACAAAUAUCCAACGCUGUCUAGUUGGUAUUCUGAAGAAUGUUUGUUAGAAAAUCCAUUUUUUGACCAGGUUAAUGUCGACUGCAGUAUUUGCUCAAAAAAUAUGCAGCCAGAAAUUGUAUCUGAUACAGAAAAAUUCACAGAAAUUUAUUACAAUAAAGGGAAAUUUGUCAUAAUAAAUCACGUUGGUAUUAGUGUGUCUUGGAACCAUAUAGUCAGAAAAAUAGACAUUGCAAGUGAGGAGGAAUUAGGUGCUUUGAAAGCCACCAGCAUCCAUAUGCAUAAGUACAGUAACCUGAAAGAGCAUCUGUCAACUGAAGAUGAUCUCCCCAAAGACCUGCACAUUGAAUGGAAAGUCAACAGACUGAAAACUCUCCAUGCCCUGAGAGAACUUUUACCGAGAUUCGGUUUCAUUCCCAGUGAUACAGAAGUCUCAUUGCAUCAUUUGGUAUUUAUAGAUGGACCAGAACAUAAACCGUAUCCAAUUCCAAUUAGUGAAUUUUCCAAUGUUGUAUUAUUUCAAGGUGCAGGAAGUAGUGUCUUCACUUUAGAACCUUCAGCUCAUUGCAAACAUCAUUGUCAAGCUGUGACUCUUACAUUAAAUGCUACUCAGAUUUUAUUUUUCAAUUGGAUAUUUUGGAGACCUGUGCGAUUGAGUGGUGAUGGCAUCUCCACAUUGUUCUUAAGUUCAUUUUAUUAGGACAAUUUUAAUUUUCUCUUGGCAUUAUGAAUUAGCCAACUGAGUAGGCUAGGCACAGGAACUUUUUAAAGCUGAACAGUAUGAAUGAGUGUUUGAACAAAUUGACAUACAAUACCAAUUAAGGUUUCAUUCAUUCAACAUGAUUCCCUGGUCAUUAAAAAAGGUUAGUGGCUUUUGCACUAAGCCUACUUAUUUUUGGAGGAUUGCUUUUGAUAUAUUUCAUUGCAUAAAAGGCUAUACAGUAUACAGUGUAUGCAUUUCUUGGAAAUUAUAUAUAUAAUAUAUAUAUAUUUGUUUAUUUAUACGUAUAUUUAUACGUACCGAGCGCUUUCGUGUUAUUUCAACACAUUUUCGAGGUACAAUGCUAAAAACACAGAGAACAUUUAACAAAGUAAACAUAAAAACUGAAAAAAUUGAAAACAAGUAUUCAAAGUCCAG